AUGCGCGAAAUCCACCCUUCGAGCAUAUUUAUUGCGCCUCUACGAAUUCGAAAGAACAGCGGCGACGAUGACCAUGGUCCGUCGGUCGACGAAGCUGAGGUUGUUGCAGCUCACCCCAGUCCAACGGCGACACUGGAUUCAGAGCCAAUGGACGAAUUAGCUUCUACGCACGCAAGAUUCUACAACUACCUCCGAGCCCUCUAUCCAUUUCAACCUUCUCCUCACUCAUCUACCACUGUCACACUUCCUCUCAAUGCUGGGGAUAUCAUUUUGGUACAUUCUGUUCAUGUCAAUGGCUGGGCCGACGGAACUCUCUUGGAAACCGGAGCACGAGGCUGGUUGCCCACCAACUACUGCGAAGCUUAUGACUAUGCCGCCAUGCGACCACUUCUCAGGGCCUUGACCGAAUUCUGGGACAUUGUGAGGUGUGGGAGCGAUUCCAAUCUAAAUCUUUUCCGCAGCCAGGACUAUAUGAGAGGCCUGGUGGCCGGGGUUCGUGCUCUGUUAGAACGGUCCGAAUGUCUAACGCGGGAUUCCUCCCUGGUCAAAGAGCACGAGGGCAUUCGAAGAACGCGCAAAAGCCUUUUGUCAGACCUUGCUUUACUCGUUCGCACGGCCAAACAACUGCAACAGGUCAUUGUGGUACAGUCCUCUCACAAGGACCUGGACAUAAGGCUGGACGAUAUGCUAUUGAAAGCCUUCCGAAUUGUUACUCGAGCUGUGUUAUUCUUUGACGUUUGGAGCGAGAAGAUGGCUCCUGUCACUCCCAGCCCUACGGAACCACACGAGUCCCCUUCUGAGGCUGCUGUGGAAUUGCCAUCACAGGGCUCCAGCGGAACACACUCAAUCAUUCGCCAUAAGGGCUCAACGUCGGUGGGUGCAAACCCUUGUGGUGGCUCGAUGCUAUCCAAACGAUCUAGUUUACAUUCACCCAGGAAGUCGACUUCAGUGCGUCGACACUCGUCAAUCACACAUCGAAUGUCUUACAGCCGGGGACCAAAGCAAAAGAACACCAACCUCAUCUCAGAAUUUCUGCACCGGUCCUACGACGAUUUUCUCACGGUUUUGGCGUCGUUCCUUGGAUCCCAUAUGCAAUCCAGGUCUUCCUCCGAGCUGCUGCUUACUACUCAAAACGCCGUCAGGGCAUGUCGGCAGCUCUUCGCCAUCGUUGAAACUGUCAUCGAUCGAGAUGACAGCACCUCUCGACCUCUAGUCCAGGCUAAAGACUCCAUGUAUUACGCCAUCACUGAAUUGGUUCAUGCUGCUCGUCAAGUCUUCAAGCCCAUCCAUUCAAUCGAAGAGGACUUGGUUUACCUCCCAGAGGAGGCUCAUAAUCUUGUGCAAGCUGCCACCGCGUGUGUAAGCGCUGCAGGUCGAUGUGUGGCCAGAACCAAAGCAACGCUGGAAGAGAUUGGCGACUUUGAAAUUGAAAGUCUUUCACAGCUUUGGGGAGGAAACUCGGACGGAUCGAACACACCAGAACCCACCUCUCACGAUCUUCGCUCAUCUGUUGUUCUUCAAUCCACCGGAAUGACACCACCCAUCAAAGAAAUGCCCGACAAAGUCAAGGAGCGGCCUCGCAUUUCUAUCCCACAAGGCGUGCUCACUCCCCCGCUUUCUGUUAACACAGCCAUGUCCCCAUCCACUGGCUUCGGCAGCGUACCCCCAACACCAAAGGACGAUGUCAUGGUGGAUAUUAUCCGAUCCUCCCCAUUACCCUCGUCAUCACCUCUACAUCAAGAAGUCAUACCUGUGUCGCCAAAGUUCAAUAGCACAAGCAGUGAGAGCAGCUUCGAGCGAGGCCAUAGGCGUUCUGGUCCAAGUAACGUUUCGUCGGCGUCAACUCGAGUGACCUCGAUUCAUGGAGACGACAAUGAUGCUUUCGGGGAGUCUACCUCAGCCCCAUCAGGCCUUGAUGAAUUCACUCCUCUAGGUGGUGAGGAAGAUGCGGAGGCUGCCAUCCUAGUCCAAACGUUCGCCCAGGAGCUUGUUUUCAACCGAGAAGGCUUGGUGGUUGGAGGCACUUUGAACGCCUUGAUUGAAAGAUUGACCGAGCACGACUCGGCGCCGGAUGUUUCCUUCAUCGCCACCAUCUAUCUGACAUUCCGAUUGUUUGCUAAGCCGGAGGAAUUUGCUAAAGCUUUGGCAUAUCGAUUCGAGUACGUCGGGGGAAAUCAAAGCAUCGCCAAUCCCGUCAGGCUCAGGGUUUACAAUGUGCUCAAGGGCUGGAUGGAAUCUCAUUGGAGGCACGAUUGUGAUGAUACGGCGUUGCCUGUGAUUGUAGGCUUCGCCAGAGAAUCAUUGAUGGGGGCAAUACCCAUGGCAGGAAGGAGGAUUCUCGAGUUAGCGGACAAAGUGUCGUCGACCCAUGGUCCGAUUGUUCCAAGAGUCCUGUCUGCCAUAGGAAAGACGAAUACGUCCUCGGCGGCGUACAUUGAUCCAAACGCUCCUCUGCCACCAGCCGUCAUAUCCAAGAGUCAGCUCACAGCGUUGAGAGGUUGGAAGAUGGGUGGAGCUGGUGUCAGCAUCCUGGAUUUCGAUCCUCUUGAGCUUGCUCGCCAGAUAACGUUGAAGACUUCCAAGAUUUUCUGCUCCAUUCUCCCUGAAGAGCUUCUUGCCACGGAAUGGACCAAACGUACCAGCUCCUUGGCCGUCAAUGUCCGGGCCAUGUCUACCUUAUCAACCGAUGUCUCGAAUCUGGUCUCAGACUCUGUCCUCCAGCUCGAAGAACCGAAAAAGAGGGCGGCCAUCAUCAAACAAUGGGUCAAGAUUGCAAACAAAUGUUUGGAAUUGAACAAUUAUGACACAGUUAUGGCGAUCGUCUGCGCUCUAGAUUCAACCAAUAUCAAACGCAUGAGAAGGACUUGGGAAGCUGUACCCCAGAAGACGAAAACAAUAUUCGACGAACUGUGUAAGGUGGUGGACGUGUCCAGAAAUUACUCGGUCCUCCGCCAACGCGUCCAAUCACAGCUACCGCCUUGUCUCCCCUUCAUUGGCGUCUACUUGACCGACUUGACAAUGGUUGAUUCCGCAAAUCCUGCCACCCGGCCGUUGGCAACGGACCAAGGGGAAAUCUCCGUCAUCAACUUGGACAAGCAUAUGAAGACAGCCAAAAUCAUCUCAGAGCUGCAAAGAUUCCAAAUCCCGUACAGGUUCUCGGAGAUCUCUGAACUGCAAACAUGGAUGCAGGACCAAUUGAUCCGAGUCCGUUCAGCAGGCGAGAAGAGUUUCCAAAUUCAUUAUCGACGAUCCCUGAUUUUGGAGCCACGAGAACAGAGCAGGAGUCCCAACCCAGAAGCAGGACAAUCCGGAAAAGACAAGGACAAAUUCGACUUCCUGAACUGGACCCAUCUGCUUCAAAAAGAGAAGUCGGUUCCAGUCCCGAGCUAA